GGAAUUGGCACAGUGGCAGUCUUGUGCUAUUUGCCGCUGUGUGAGCAGGGGGUUAAGGGGUGACAUUACAACAUGCCUUGCACAAGGGCACCUUGAGCACAUGUUGAAGUGGAAGGAGACGUGUCUCAUUCUUCUUCUCUCUGUGGUUUAGCCCACCAAGGUCACAGAGUGGGAAUGAUCUGCUCCCAUUUGUCCUCCUAUAUACUGCAAUGACUCAGACACAGUUUGCUAUAUCACUCUCACAGGCUUUGGCGUCUCUGUCAGCCGCAGGUUGGACCUUGGGCACGUGCGUCAGACCGCGCGGAGCCCCGUGGAAUAAAAGUGGGCCCCCACUCACUGCUAUAUACUGGGUCUCGCCUGGGAGCGUGUUUGUGCAAUAACGCACGAGGAAAAGGGGAGGAAAAAAGAAAAAAAGAGUCCCUUCCAGCUGUCGAGCAUCCACUGACAAGCUGGUCGGUUAACGCGCAAAAACGUCCACCGCAUGUCCAUGUGGGCCAUUGAUCCGCGUCUCUAACGCAGCAGCGGCAGCAGCAGCAUCAGCACCAGCAUCAGCAUCAGCAUCAGCACCAGCAGCACCUCGGGUUCGGGGUUUGCCCCUCCUGACCAGCGCCAGAUCAUUUGAGAUGGGUAGAAGAAGGAGGGGGGCGGGAAGGUUAGUUUGAAGAGGGCAGAGCUUUGCGAGAGGACGCCGAUUUGCCUAUUAUUUCACCACUGGAAGAAGAAGAAGAAGAAGAAGAAGAAGAAGAAAAAAAAAAAAAAAACAGUGGACAAUAACAGCUGAGGGAGAAAUCAGUCGGACCAAAACGUCAGAAGAAAGCUCAUUAACUCCGAGGAAUCGGGAGAGAAGGAGAAGAAACACAUCCUUUAUUAUUGCUGCUGCUGGAGUCCUCUGUUUAAACUGAUAUGGCUGCCGCACUUUGGACGCAUAAAUCGCUGGACGUAGGCUUGUGGAUCUUCCUCCUGCUCCUCAACCUCCUUCUUGAAGUCAGGGCAGUAACUGGACACAGAGAGCCGUUACCCGAUGAUAGUAGAGACAAUAUCACCAUUUUCACCCGAAUCCUAGACAGGCUGCUGGAUGGAUAUGACAACAGGCUACGUCCGGGGCUGGGAGAGACUGUGACAGAAGUGAGGACAAACAUCUACGUGACGAGUUUCGGGCCAGUGUCGGAUACAGACAUGGAGUACACCAUCGAUGUCUUCUUCCGUCAGAGCUGGAGGGACGAGAGGCUGAAGUUUGAUGGGCCCAUGCAAGUUUUACCCCUCAACAACCUCCUGGCCAGUAAGAUCUGGACCCCCGAUACCUUUUUCCACAACGGAAAGAAAUCGGUGGCCCACAACAUGACGACUCCUAACAAACUGCUACGACUAGUCGACAACGGCACGCUUCUCUACACCAUGAGGUUGACCAUUCAUGCCGAGUGCCCCAUGCACCUGGAGGAUUUCCCGAUGGAUGCACACGCCUGUCCUCUGAAGUUUGGAAGUUAUGCUUACACCAACAACGAGGUGAUCUACCUGUGGACCCAGGGAGACGAGAGGUCUGUUGCUGUUGCAGAGGACGGCUCCAGGCUGAACCAGUAUGACUUACUGGGACAUGUUAUUGGCAAAGAAACCAUCCGUUCAAGCACAGGAGAAUAUGUAGUGAUGACAACAUAUUUCCAUUUGAAAAGGAAAAUUGGCUAUUUUGUGAUUCAAACCUACCUCCCGUGCAUCAUGACUGUCAUACUGUCUCAGGUCUCCUUCUGGCUAAACAGAGAAUCGGUUCCUGCUCGCACUGUAUUUGGGGUCACCACUGUCCUAACCAUGACUACCCUGAGCAUCAGUGCUAGAAACUCCCUUCCUAAGGUGGCCUAUGCCACUGCCAUGGACUGGUUCAUGGCCGUGUGCUAUGCCUUUGUCUUCUCUGCCUUGAUUGAGUUUGCCACAGUCAACUACUUCACCAAGCGCAGCUGGGCAUGGGAUGGGAAAAAAGAGGGCAUGGAAAUAAGGGAACCGUUUCAGGCUAACAUGGCCAGGAUUAACGAUAUGAGAAGAGAAUCGGCGACCUUGUCCAAAAAGACAAACAACACCUUCAACAUUGUUGGAACCACCUACGCCAUCAACGUGGCGAAAGACCAAGGUUUAACGACCAUUUCCAAGAGCGCCCCCGGAGCGUCGGCCAAACACUCCUACAACCAUAGAAUGGAUGACCCUUACACGGAGGCCAAGAAAUCCUACAACCGUGUCAGCAAAGUGGACAAGAUAUCGCGCAUCAUUUUCCCAGUUCUGUUCUUCAUCUUCAACUUAGGCUACUGGGCCACAUAUGUCAACAGAAAGCCCGCUAUCAUAGAGGGAAACAACUUAAACUGAAAUUUGACCAAAUGCUAGGCUUGAUCUGGAGGUAGACAGGUUUGCAGGAGGCCAAGUCCAUUGCAUCUUAUCGUGUGCGUGUGUGUGCGAGCGUGUUUCGUGUGUCUGUUUUUUCUUAAGAGUUUGAUAUGUUGCACGUCUGUAUAGAUGGAAGGCAAAUUUUAAACACACAGUAGAUUCACAUGUAGUAGUGGACCUUGGAGGGAGCACAUUCUCACCUCAGACUGUGUUUGUGUAGCCAUUUCUUUUCUCCCUCAGUCCCCACUUAGCUCUGGCCCUGUCCCCUGUUGUGAGUAGCCAAGUGUCCCUUUCGCUGUAUCCUGAUUGCUUGCCGUUUUGUAGACUAGUCAAAUUGUGUUUUCCACUAUGUUUUUGACAUGUUUGCGCUUUGCUUAUAAUAAGUUAGAGCAAGCAUGCGUUUGAAGUUUUUCAUCGUAGCUCAUUACCAACGAUAAGGUUUUGACACAUCCAUCAAGAUAACGACAUGCAUGCGCGCACGCAGACACACGGCGAUGCAUCAGAGAGCGCCAGAGAAGCCGGUUGCUUUACCGUGCUCUGUCCGCCGGGGGGGGGCAAGCCUGUAUAGUUCCAUAGGAACAUCAUUAAUAAUCGUCAGUGUCUGGCCUUCAGCUUCAGUGCUGAAUCUCAACAGACCUCGAUGCAGUAUCAUCUGGAAUUGCUAUCGCGUCCCGGGAGGCUGCACCGUACAUUUUUUCUAGUCCAGUGGCUCUUAUUGUUUUAACUGGCUGAGUAUGCUCAACGACAGAGAAGCUAUGUGCCUUGGUGAAUACACACAUCAUAAAGAAAAAUAACGGCUUUGACAUGCUCACAUUUACAGCACACAUAUGCACUAUGGUCUGUGUGUACAUUACAUGCAAACAUAUACUGGUGUCCACAGGCUCCAUGCACCCACCCACCUAUGGCCCAUGGGCAUGGGCGCCCAGUGUAUAAUUGCCCAUUAGUGUGGAAGGUUAACAGACCUCUGCCUGUGAAAAGAUAAAGCAAAGAGAUUAAAAGAUCCAGCGUAGUCCACAACAAUUAUCAUGUGCAUUCAUGUUUUGGCUCGCGGUGCGGCGUCUCCAUGAGCCCGAGCAGUCAUACAGUAACAAACUACCACCAUUACCUCAGACUGAAUUCUAAAGCGCAGUUUUAUUAUAUGUUUUCCAUGGAAAUGCAAAUAACAUUAGAUGUUUUAUACAUUAAAUCAUACCAGACACUCUCUUUCUUUCUUUCUUUAAGUAUAUUGUGGGCAGGCACCCCGGUGCCCUUUAUUUCUUUGUUUUUUCUCUGCAUCUGUGUUUUUUUGGCUCCGUUAUGAUUUUUUCUGCAUUUCUGCCUUUUCAUAAGCAAGAUUUUGAGUCAUGUUGUACUUUUUUUGCCCUUUUAUACUCGAUUGUGUAAAGUAUAUUGGUGUUGAUUUGAUUGUCUACAUAUGCUGUACUGUUUUUUGUGUUUUGAAGUAGACAACAAAAGGCCAAUAUGUCACAGUCAUGCAGUAUUUCUAAACAAAUUUCGGAGACGCUAUCAUCACUGGAGACUGUUGUGCUGCAAAAUGCUGUGAAGUUGGUCCGCCCAAUUAAAUAACACAAUAAAUUAAUAACCUAAAUGUAAUUGUUGAGAGAAAUAAAUGGUCAAAUUGAUUGUUAUUCAACAAGUGAUGGUUUCAAAGUUGUAAAUCCGAUUUGUCUCCAGCUGUGGCAACUGUCUCCAACUUUUGUUUUUUCUGUUUUGUUAGGUGACAUCUGUAUUUUUGUUUUGUGUUGAAUUUGGUACGUGUUUAUACAGAUGUUAUAUGAUUCUAAAGCAAUUUCUGUUGCUUUCCUGCCGGAUGCACUCUGGAUAUUUUUGCAUUGUCUUAACUAUAGACUCUAUGACUGCCACUACGUCCGGUGGAUUUAAACUGUAAUCUUCAGUGGUAAGAGAAUGAGUGAACUGUGUUGUGGCCUCUUCUAAAAAGGUGUGUUAAUAACACAAACCAUGUGCAAUGUAUCAGUCAUAGGUUAAUGCAUGACAAUCUGUACACGUGUAUGUCUGCAACCUCCAAUAAUGGUGUUUGUCACACUGAAAUAGGGCUUAGUAUCAGUGUUUCUGUAGUCCAUCCCAGUUAGUCAUCAAUUACCUACUCGUAACCUCAGCAACAUCUGCAUAAACACACUUAAACUCCAAUUAUUUGUGCAUACUGACGUGAUGCUAAUAAUUUACAGCUGGCACAGAGUUCUGAAAGUGUUUUUUUACCCUCAUUUUGGUAGCGCGCAGAUUGGAUGUUUAAUUCAGUGUACUAAGACACACGCACACACACCAAGCUGGCUACAAAGUGAGGAAAAAGGGGAAGUCCGAUGCAUGACCACACAAACUGCAAUUUUUGAUUUAGUUCCACCUUGGGAAACGCAUUCAGGCCACAUUUCAAACCAGCAAUUGCAGGUUCAGCUUAGAUAUAACAAAAUGAAGGAUAAUAAUUCUGUUUUGCCGUUCAUUAUUCUUCAAAAACUGAACAAUAUAUCAGAUAUUUCUUAUCCAUUUCAUUAGGAUUGAAUGUUGUGGUGGGUGGUAUCAGUCCCACCAUCUCCACUCUUGCAGUCAUUUUAAAUUAUUUGACAUUGUAGAGGAUCUUUGAACCAUAACAUCCAAUCAAAACACACAAGUCUUCAUCCCACAUGCAUGCAGAUCAUAGAGGACAUAUUGCUCACCAUCUACACACUUGCAACACAAGUGGAACAGUAUGAAUAUCUCCUGGUAGACCAUUUGCAUAUUCAAACUAGACGUGACGUGAUAAAUCACGACACUGUAAACUCUGGAUGAGAUUUGUGAGGAGCUCAUUAUUUUUUAUAGCCCAAAUGAGUCCCAUCAAAUUCAUAAUGACAAACCAGGUGAACGCGUCCCUGUUUUAUAGCAUAUUUUAAUACUUAACAACAGUCAGACAUCGUGCUGCCGACACAGUAUAGCUUUCUGAAUCAAAUGUUAUUUCCUGUUACCGCGAGGACUGCUGUGAGGCACCAGGUCUCUGUUCCAGACUUGAAUUUUUAUCAUUUUGUCUGAAAACAAAUGGAUUCAUGUCUCAGACGAACGGAUAAACAUCAGCUGAGGGUGUUUAAAGCCGCCUGGCUGCUGCUAAUUCAGGAUCUGAUGACACAGAGCCUUAAUGUUUAUGUAUGAUUCUCCGAGAAAUGUGAUCGAGGUACUGUGAGGAAGUCGUUAUGAUAAGCAGCAGCCGCUGAAUAUUUGAUCUGCCUUUGUGAGAUAACUUGCCUCCUCUGAGUGACAACAAUCACUGUCAUAAAUAUCACCAAUAGGCCCACGCAGCUGUAGCGAGAUGACAUGAUCAGUAUCUCGUGUGAUGUGUGGACCAGAGAGACAUUCACAUGGCUAUUUCAUGUUAAGACUGUUAGUAAAGGAAUCCAAUUUAAUUCCAUCCACACUGUGGAAGGAUUUAUGUGGGUAACUCAACAAUAUAAAUAUGUAUAAUGUAGAUUUCAUUACAGGAUAACAAUUGUCCAUCAUAAAAAUCAUGACUAAAUAUUGAUAGAAGUGAAUUUUUUAUUGCUGUAUAUUCCCUUUUCAUCACUGAGAAGUUAUCAAAAAUGGUUUACCAGGAGGCUUGUUCAGAGUUUGGUCUAUUUCAUUUGUGAUGUUACUUUUGAAUGUAAUCUAAACUUAAAUCAGUACACUGUAUAUAAAUACUGACGUCUCUGCAUCAGACAACCGCUUUGACACAUUUACUGAUUUGUCUAAAAGGCUGGCCCACACUAAAAGAUUUUUCAAAUCUUAACAGAUGUUGAAAUUGUGAGAGACACCACACAUAACGACACAUGACGUGAAAUUUAACAGUUUUGUUACUAUAGUGUGUGGGGAGCCACAAUUUGACCAGCACACCACACACUAACAAAUUCCAUUCAUGAACAACAAGAGUCCCGACUAAAAAAAUGGAAAUCUCGCAAAAUAUCUUUUGCGUUCAAGCGCGACUUUAGUAUAAACAAACAUGGCGGACGACAGGAAGAAUUAGCGAUGUUAGUUUUUGCACAUGACGGAUGGAUGGAUGAAGUC